GCUGCUGCUGCAGAUCCCCAUCCUGCUGCAGAUCCCCGUCCACAUCCUGCUGCAGAACCCGAUCCUGCUACGUAUCCCAAUCCUGCUGCAGAUCCCCAUCCUGCUGCUGCCGCUGCUGCUGUUGCUGCCGCUGCAGCUCCAUCGCCCCGAGUUUCCCAGCCCGGCCGCAGCCGGGGCAAUGCGGCAGGAGUCCCCGAGGUCACCGCGGCGAGGCUGAGCCUGGACGCCGAGGAAGGAAUAACAAGCCAAACCCGCUGGGGAUUUGCAAUGCAAGCGGCCUUUCCAAGUUUCUUUUCCGCUUUGCUUUCACCCUGCUGUUGGAUUUGAGAUCAUGUCGGUUAAUAUUGUAGCUUUUGGGAAUGAAAGAGAUGGUUUUUCUGAGGACAAUCAGCAGCCCAGCCUGAUCUGGAGCUAUCUCGGGAGAAGUGCUCUCAUUUCCCAGAUCGACGGCAGCUUGUCUGCCAGUCAUGUUGGAAGCCCAGUUUUUACUGAAUAUCAAGCCUGCGUAUUUGGAAAUGUCAGACUGGUGGUGCACGACUGUCCCGUCUGGGAUAUAUUUGACAGUGACUGGUACACUUCCUGCAGGCUCAUUGGAGGAGCUGAUAUUAUUGUGAUUAAAUACUCUGUCAAUGACAAGACUUCAUUUCAAGAACUAAAGGACAGCUAUGUGCCAAUGGUGAAAAAAGCACUAAAUCACUGCUCAGUUCCAGUAAUAAUUUCUGCUAUUGGGGCAAGAAAAAACGGAGUGCCUUGCACCUGUCCCCUGUGCACUUCAGACAGGAGGAGCUGUGUCACAACCUCUGAAGGAGUCCAGCUUGCAAAGGAACUCGGAGCCACUUACCUUGAACUGCACACCCUUAAUGACUUCUACAUCCAGAAAUACUUUGGAGGAGUGCUUGAAUAUUUUAUGAUCCAAAGUUUGAAUCAGAAGUCAUCUGAAAAAAUGAAGAAAAGGAAAAAGACACAGAAGUGCCGUCGAGUCCAACCACCUCAGCUUGAACAGCCAGAAAAGAUGCCGAUCCUAAAGGGCGAAGCCUCGCACUACAACGCAGACCUGCACAACCUGCUCUGCUGCUGCCAGUGUGCAGAUGUGGCCUUCUACCCUGAGGACCUCAGCACGGUGGUGGAGGCUCACAAGAUCAUCCUGUGCUCUGUGAGCCACCUCUUCAUGCUGCUGUUCGGGGUGAAGAGCCCAUGCGACGCGCACGACGCCUCCGUGGCGCAGCUGGCUCAGAGCCUCUUCGCGGUGCAGGCCGGGGAUCCCUUGCCCUCCUCGCCCCGGGGUGUCCCACCCUGUGUCCCACCAGUCAGGGUGGUGGUGAAGGACUCUGUCUUCUGCUCUUGUCUCCCAGACAUCCUCCACUUCAUUUAUUCAGGUGCUUUCCAGUGGGAACGAUUAGAAGAGGACAUAAGAAAGAAGCUGAAGGAUCCAGAUAAAACAGAAUAUGUGCUUGAGAAAGUUAAAUGCAUCCUGAAAACUCCAGGAAAGCUAAACACUGUAAAGGACUGCAAGUCUCACCAGAUAAAACGGCUGUAUAAUACUUCUCUCAGGCUAUUCUUUAACACGCCUGUGCUGGCUGAUGUAAUCUUCAAAAUACAAGGUGCAACUGUUCCAGCCCACAGGGCAGUUCUGGUGGCUCGCUGUGAGGUUAUGGCAGCAAUGUUUAAUGGUAAUUAUCUAGAAGCAAAUAGCAUUCAAGUUCCAGUGUAUGGCGUUUCCAAAGACACUUUCCUGUCCUUCCUAGAGUACCUUUACACUGACUCCUGCUGUCCAGCCAGUAUUCUCCAGGCGAUGUCUCUGCUGAUCUGUGCAGAGAUGUACCAAGUAAUGAGACUCCAGCAUAUUUGUGAACUUUACAUCAUCACGCAGCUCCAGAGCAUGCCUAGCAGGGAACUGGCUUCCACAAGCCUCAGUAUUGUUAGCUUGCUCAAGAAAGCUAAGUUUCACAAUUCUGAUUGCCUUUCAACUUGGCUUCUUCAUUUUAUUGCCACUAACUACCUCAUCUUCAGUCAAAAGCCUGAAUUUGAAGAACUUUCAGUGGAAGAGCGCAAUUUUGUAGAGAUGCACCGAUGGCCUUCAAACUUGUACCUGAAGCAGCUUGCUGAUUACAGGAACUAUAUCCACUCUCAGAAAUGCCACUGCACAGUAAUGUAAAGAGACUGAGUGCAUACAAAGUACAUUUCAACUGCAAAAUUUCAGAUUGGGGAUUAUACCGAACAAAAAAACCAUGUCAAGAGUGAAACCUGAUGCUCACCUCCUCUGGAAAUUACAGACAUUCUUUGUUUUGCUAACAAAUCACUCUAAUUUUUACCUUGAAGCAUUGAGAAAUGUAUGUUGAAGAUUAAUUUUAAGCACAAUGGCUUCAUAUUCAUGGGGAUUAAAUGUAUUACAGGACAGUGCCGUGACUGGCAUCUGCUCCCCUUUCUAAUUUCCUUUUUGUUUAUUUUAUUGUUUUUCAUGGUUAUUUGUGGCUGCUAAACUGAAUCUGACUGGUUUUGUAAAUCUGUGUGUCAUAGAAGCAUAGGAGUACAGUAGCAGUGCAGGGAAGCUGAAAAGCCAGGUCAUAAGUUCUUCAUAUACUUCAGGAUGCAAAACUUUUCUGCAGCAUUUGUUGGUUCACAAUAUAAUGGGUAGGCUUAAGAAGCAUUGUAGUUACUGUUAAUUUAUUACUCCAGAGAAAGCAUGUAGUUCUGUUACAACCCUAUGAAUACAUAUUUUAAUUCCAGAGGAAUGCCUAUGCAUCACGGUUUUCUCUAGUGCCUCCAAAUAUCUAAAGAAUGACAUAAUUUUUCCUGCCAGUAGGUAGGAGAAGAAAACCUGCUUUCACAAUCUGCAGAACACCUUUGUUAGUGUGUCCAUAUUGUAUUUUUCCCCAUGAGGAAUAAAGAGAGGGAAAACUAUGUAUGCUCAGAGCAUAUCUGUAUGGUACUGAUGGACAGGGAAGAAAGGCAGAGGGGUCAACAGCCUUUCUUGGGGUUUGAGCAGAAAAACUCACUACUAGAAGUGGCUUUUUUGGGAAAAGUGUGUCUAGUAAUCACAGUCACCACAAUAAAUGUUAGAUGUGCUGGCCAUGACGGAGGCGACCCUCACAGAUUUGGGAUGUUGGCUUUUGUGGUGGGACUUGGAGCUCAAACCUCCCCAGUAGGGACUCAGUUCAAGUUUAGUUAUCAUCAUGUCCUCGUAAGCUACACCGUGUGAGACAAACCUAGCUGUGGAUCCUUUCUGACACAAGAGAAAAACCCAGAAUAUUAUGACUGGCAUGAUCCUUGCAGAUGCCAUUUAUCAUUUUCUUGACCAAAACAACUUGUCAUGAUGCUGACUUGUAUAUACAUGUGCUAAUGCCAAAAUUAACUGAGCCUUUUCCUGAGCACGGGUGUUUUUCUAGAAGCAAAAUCUAAUCAAGGAACUAAACACCUCAUUAUCAUUCUUGUACUUUCAAUUCUGGCUUUUCAUCUGCCUUUGUAAUGUGGUACGUAGCCUGAGACUGUGGCAUUUCUACCACAUCAAAUGUAUCUCGAAACUACAUCUAUGAGAAGGUGUAAAAACAAAUUACUGGAGCUGAUUUUUUUUUUUUUUUAAGGUA